AUGCUUUCGGCCCCAUCUCCCGUCCCUAUCCUCAAGACCUCCAAGUCUUCCAACGCGGCUCCUUCUGUCGGCUCGAAACGAAAAAUGAGCGACAUGGACCUCGAGAUCUCGCCCUCUUCCGACACACCGGAUCAGGAGGAGACUCGCAUCAAGAAAAGGCCUCGCGUGCAGUUCGAUACCGAUGUUAAGACCCACGAAGAUACCUCGUCGGAGAAGAGUCCGGCUGUCGUUCGAGAGGAGGUCCGCAGUGCCAUUCAUCGACAUGUCACGUUGUCCGAGAGCGAAGGCUAUGAUCACAUCAAGGGCAUUUUCACCGCCGAUCCCAAGAAGCAGGGCGAUGACAGCUUGCUGGCGUAUGACAUGCCUACACCUACAUCUUUGAAGAAUCAUCUCAUGGGACUCCUAUCGCAUGUCGCCUCUCUAGACCGAUCCUGCAGUGGGUUAGUCAAUGCUGUCAUCAACAGCGAAUGGCUCGGCCGAGAUGAUGCCUAUGUCAAGCUCUUCAUCAGGUUUCUGGGGAAUCUUGCCGCUGCACAGGGUUCUUACCUUGCCCCCGUGCUGAAGAUGCUCACUGCCAAUAUGGCCACUGUCCCUCGAGGCGUCGGCCGACUUCCUGACUAUGAGGUCGUGUCGGCUUCGAUCAUUCACACUCGCGUUCACAUGGCAUUGCGCCACAUUCUAAAACUCAUCCCCGCUGGAAGUGGAGCUUUGUCUCCGAUUCUGUCCUCGCAGUUCCCCUUCGAUUCGGAUCCCGCCAACGCGAACGUUACCUACACUCGGAACCUGAUUCAGAUGAUUACCUAUGCCCCAGAGCUUCAGUCCGACAUCCUGGCCCUUGUCACGGAGAAGCUGGUCAAAAUCGAUGUCCAAAUCCAGGUUGAUAUGGAAGACUACGAAGAUGAGAUUGGUGACAACCUCGUUCACGCCGCUGAGGAGGAAGAGGAAGACGAUGACUCGGUUGCAAGCGAUGAUUCCGAUGAUGAAGACGACGACGCCAAAUCCGGCAAGAAGAUCAAGGAAAACAUCAGCAAGGUUGACGGCAUGAUCGACCUUCUCUUCGAGUACUUCAGCACGCCGUUCUCCUCUAACAACCUGGACGACAAGGAGAACGCCUUGGACCUUCUCCUCAGCCAUUUCCAGACCAUUAUUCUCCCCACCUACCGGUCCCGUCACACUCAAUUCCUCCUAUUCCACUUCUCCCAGGCAUCACCCGUGCUUAUAGAUCGUUUCGCUUCUACAUUUGUGCAAAUCCUCUUCAACAAGCUGCAGCCGGGCAUCGUGCGCCAGUCCGCUGCUGCAUACUUGGCCAGCUUCGUUGCCCGUGGUGCUCACAUCUCCGGCGACGUGGUCCGCGACGUCUUCGAUCUGCUCCUCACCCACCUCAACAGCUUGCGAGCUGACUAUGAGAACACCUGCCGUGGUCCCGACCUCCGCCGCUACGGCCCCUUCUAUUCCACCGCCCAGGCCAUUCUCUACAUCUUCUGCUUCCGCUGGCGUGACCUGACGACUGCGGCCGCGGAUGGCGAUACUUACGAUCAGGUGGAUGAGCUUGAACCCACCCAGAUCACCUUCCCACCCAAUAUUAAAGAGUUCCUUCACAAGUGCAUCUACUCGCGACUCAACCCUCUCAAGGUGUGCUCACCGGCCAUUGUUGCCGAGUUUGCCCGUAUCACCCACCACUUCCAAUUCCUUUAUGUCUACCCUCUCCUCGAGACCAACAAACGCAUGCGCAUAACUGCUUUCCGCAGCAUCUCCACCCUCGCAGAUCCCCGCUUCAGCCAUGUCGGUCGUGAAAUCCGUGCUGGCGAUAACAGCGGUUACCAGCUGGACGCAUACUUCCCCUUCGACCCAUAUCAACUUCCCCGUAGCCGACGCUGGCUCGAGGGCGAUUACGUUGAGUGGCGUGGGAUUCCGGGUCUCGACGAUGCGGAUGACUCUGACAGUGGAGCCGACGAGUCUGACGACGAGGAUGGUGAAGAUGUCACUGAGACCGAUGAGGAGUGA